CCCGGCGGGGCAGGGAGGGGGAGCCCUGGAAUGGCGGACGGGCGGGCCGGCCCGCCCUGCUGGUAGUGAGAGCCGGGGCGCGGAGGGGACAGCCGCGGAUAGGAACAGUGCCUGAAGCAGGUCCACCAUGCCGUUAGUAACGAGGAACAUUGAGCCAAGGCACCUGUGCCGUCAGACGUUGCCUAGCGUUCCGAGCGAGCUGGAAUGCGUGACCAACAUCACCCUGGCAAAUGUCAUUCGACAGCUGGGCAGCCUGAGUAAAUCUGCAGAAGACAUAUUUGGAGAGUUGUUUACUCAAGCCAACACCUUUGCCUCUCGGGUGAGCAUUCUCGUCGAGAGAGUUGACCGCCUGCAAGUCAAAGUCACUCAGCUGGAUCCCAAAGAGGAGGAAGUCUCCUUGCAAGGCAUUAACACCAGGAAGGCCUUCAAAAGCUCCACCACUCAGGACCAGAAGCUUUUUGACAGAGAUUCUCUCCCUGUACCUGUCCUCGAAACCUACAGGACCUGCAAUACCCCUCCACCUCUCAACAUCCUCUCACCUUACAGGGAUGAUGGCAAAGAGGCACUUAAAUUCUACACAGAUCCUUCAUAUUUCUUCGACCUUUGGAAGGAGAAAAUGCUUCAGGACACCAAGGAUAUCAUGAAGGAAAAGCGGAAACAUAGGAAAGAGAAAAAGGAGAAUCCGAACCGAGGAAAUGUGAAUCCGCGGAAAAUCAAAACCCGGAAAGAGGAGUGGGAGAAGCUGAAAAUGGGACAAGAAUUUGUCGAGUCAAAGGACAAGCAUGGUCCUGCUGGGUACCCCUCCAACAUGGUGUAUCAGAACGGCAGCAUCGGCUCCAACGAGAGCAUGGACGGGAACUGCUACCCGCCACCGCCACAGACUGACUCUAUUGUGCCACCACCUCCCUCGUUCCCAGAUGACAGCCUGCCUCCACCCCCGGUGGAAUUUAGCUAUCCUGUAGACAACCAAAGAGGUUCUGGUUCUGGAGGGCCCAAACGAUCCAGCCUGGUUAGCCCGAGCCACCCACCACCAGCUCCUCCGAUCGGAUCGCCCUCUGCAGCCAGGCCGGGCUUUGCUCCCCCUCCAGCUCCUCCUCCACCACCACCACUGAUGGAAAACGCCCCCCCUCCGCCACCUCCCAUGGGCUUCCCCUCCCCGGGAGCCCUCCCGCCACCCUCGCCCCCCUCUUUCCCCCCUCACCCUGAGUUUGCUGCCCCUCCGCCGCCCCCACCUCCCCCAGCACUCGACUAUUCCAGCGUGGUGCCAGCUCCGCUGUCGCAGCCGGGCACUGGGAUUGCGCCGCCCCCGCCGCCGCCCCCGCCCCCUCCAGGCCCACCCCCGCUGGCUUCCAGCGGCAUGGAUGGCCCCCCGCCCCCCCCUCCGCCCUCCGACACCCCCACAUCCAAGCCCAAGUCAUCCUUGCCUGCGGUGAGCGAUGCCAGGAGUGAUCUGCUUUCGGCUAUCCGGCAAGGCUUCCAGCUGCGCAAGGUGGAGGAGCAGCGGGAGCAGGAGAAGCGGGAUGUUGUGGGCAACGACGUGGCCACCAUCCUGUCCCGCCGCAUCGCGGUGGAAUACAGCGACUCCGAGGACGACUCCUCCGAGUUCGAUGAGGACGAAUGGUCGGAUUAGCCACGCUCCCACCCCCUCCUUCCCUUCUCUUCUGGGUGCGCUUCUCACAGAAUCAGGUGGCCAAACCUCGCACCACAUCCUUUUCAUCCUGUAACCAAAGAUGUGCCAAGGGUUUUCAGACAACCAGCAGCAUAUCUCCCCUCUCCCUCCCCCUGCAGCUUUGGCAGGACUGCGUGCUCUGCCUUUCCAAAAGGUCUCCUCACGGACACCGAGGAUGCGGCGCUGGGAUUUAGCUGGAGGGGGUGUAACGGUUGCUUAUUUAAAAGAGAGCUAAACCUCCAGAUUUUUGAUGCCACCAGGCAGAGCACAUAUAAACCCUCCAUCCUGAGGGAUUUUUAAAGUAAAGAUGGAUGAUCCUGUUGUGGCCAUGUGGCCUUUUGGAUGAAGGACAUUUUCAGCUGGUUUUCUCAGUGCAACAGCAGACAGUUGAUCUGAUGGCUCUUCCUUGCCAGUGAAUACUGGUAGUGCUGCAAGAAAAUGGGCUUUAAAUGUCAGUUCUCUGCUGCAUCCCACUGUCAAAUAAUCAGGUUUUUGGCAAUAGUGCACAAUUCUUUCCCCCGACCCCUGAGUAUUAAUUCCAGAUCACCCUGUGUGGGGUGCACUUCCCAGCUCCAAGGCUGCUGAGUGCCUUGGGUGCAGUGUAAGGAGGGACUUUUUUUAUUUUACAAGCUGCCUUUACCUUCCUCAAAUCUCCUGGACUGCUUUGCCAAGAGGAGACUUGCACAGAGGGAUGUAAAACUGGGGCAGGAUGCUUGCUCAGCUUCCCACUCUUGGGAAAGCAGAGCCACUGCCCCACUGUGACACACCCGUGGUCAGCUCUGAGCAGUGGCCAGACCUCCCCAGGCUGAUUUUCUCCAAUUCAUGCUGAGAUUGUGUUUUAAAAUUCCAAAUCCAGUGCCUAAGCCUGGUAGAUGGGGUGGGGAGGAGUUCUCUGAACACCAGGCACUGUGGUGGUCUUUGGCCUGCCAGGGCAGUUUGAGAGGUGCUUUUUUUAGUGUACUUUUAACACAGGGACUUAAAUGCUGGUAUUGCCUUUGCUUCUUCUCCUUUCCCCCUAGGGAGGGGAGUUUGUGUGCCUAAAAACAUGGUGUGUGUGAACUGAGUUGCCCAUCAGUUACAUCAGACCUAACCUACCCUGAUUUUGUUAUUAUAAUUCAUUAGUUAAUUUUAAGAGAACGGUUUUUUUCUCCUCACUAACCCUGUGAAUUAAUUCCCAGGCUGCUCACUAUAGAUCCAGUACUGGCAGGGGAAAACGGGGAAUUUGAACUAGCUGACCUCGGUUUUAUUGCUGUUUUAUGUUACCUUACAUAGAAUAUGAGCGUAUCUUGGAAAUCUAACCCAGAUACCCCUAUGUGUAUUUUAACUUGGACAUGACUCAGUAAGGGUCAUGCAAAAAGCAAUUCCAAAGCCUUUUUGAGGUUAUGGGUCCAGCGGUUGUGGGAUGUGUGUCCCACUAAGACCAACUCUCCCAGCUUUUUGCCUUUCCUAAAGUAUUUCACCAGACUGUGCCUGUCUCUCUUCCCUGCCUCGCCUCCUUUCAUGCUGUUGCUGAUACCUGGAACGCUGGGCCCUGCCCAAGGCUGGCUGGAAAUUCUGCUUGGGAGUUGAUGGAUGGCUUCAGCUUGUGCCAUCGAGUUCUUGCUGAUUCCUUGUGCACGUGUGUUAAUCUUGGCCGGGGCUGGGGUGGCCUGGAGGAUGGGCUCAGGGGUGCAGAUCGGGCUGGGACCCCUCGAGGCCCCGGGGAUUCUGCUGCUCUUUCCCAGAGCAUCCUCCUCCGGCUGCUCUGAGAGACAAGUUCCCAGGAAAAACAGCCCCUGAGCUAACCCGGGCUGACAGCAGGAUCACACAGGGAAGCGAGGAGCCCGCAAAUGCCAAACCUGGCUACAUUUGAGAUUGCAUUAACUCGACUUAGCCCUUGUUGGGAAAGGGGGAGCGAGUCUUCCUGUCACCUGAAAUACUGAGAAGUGCCAUAUCCCCUGAGCCCCGAUGGAUGGUGUGUCAGGCAGGGCCGAGCCUGGGGACUGGGGACAGGUCCCUCACGCUGCCUAUUGCACAAGGAUGCUGCUGUGUGGGCAGGCUGCGGGUGGAGGUGGCUCCUCCGGCCUCCAGGCAGCGGGAGGGACGCUGCCUUGUCCCUGCAAGCCUGCUGGAAACACCCUCUGCUCCCAGAUCCCAUCCCAAGGCAGGCAUCAAAACAGCAGGAUCCUAAACAGAAGGGUUGUGGACAGGUAGGGGAGGUUGGUUGUUGGAGUGUUUUUUUAAAUGUCCUUUGAUUCCUGCUUUUUUUUUUUUUUUACUAAAUAUUUGAUUGCCUUAUCCUGUGUGGGGAUCCCUGAGAAACAGCUGCUCUACAGAGGGACCAUCUCUGAGUAUCCUUGCAAAAUCACAGAGCUCUGGGCCACCAAGUGAGCUCAAUGUUUUUGAAAGCAGCAGGGGAGGAGGAGAGGUGCCAAAACCAACCUUUGCAAGACAGAGCAGCUGUGCUGGAAGUGCAGGGCUGCCCUACCACCUUUGCCCUCAUGCUGGGGGCUCUCACUCCUUCCUCCCCUUCCAUGGGGGGCUGGGGGAAACCUCAGGCAUUUCCCAAAGCCCAGGGCUCGAGCUGUGCUCCCCACGAGCUGUGCUCCCACGAGCAGCCUCCCGCUCCCCCUCGCAGCCUUUUCGUCCAUCCCGGGAACCGCUGGCUCGGGGCUGCAGGUCCGGGCAGGCACGGCCGCCUUCCCUUCCCUUCCCUUCCCUUCCCUUCCCUUCCCUUCCCUUCCCUUCCCUUCCCUUCCCUUCCCUUCCCUUCCCUUCCCUUCCCUUCCCUUCCCUUCCCUUCCCUUCCCUUCCCUUCCCUUCCCUUCCCUUCCCUUCCCUUCCCUUCCCUUCCCUUCCCUUCCCUUCCCUUCCCUUCCCUUCCCUUCCCUUCCCUUCCCUUCCCUUCCCUUCCCUUCCCUUCCCUCUCCCCGCCGCCCCUUCCCCUCGCCGGGAAAGCUUGGUCCCGGUGCCCGGGCUCAGCCCGGAGCCGCAGCCGGUGACCUUCACUGCUUCUCCUCUCCUUAUCAGAGCCAGAGCGCCGGGCCAGAGCCGGGCGGGGGCUCCCGGAGCUCCCAGAUGGCUGAGGAAUGGUGCAGAGUGUCAUUUCAGGGAAAGGGUAGAUUGGAUUUUUUUUUUUUUUUUUCAGAACGUGAACUUAUUUAACGUGUUUCUUUUGGAAGUCCCUGCCCUGGCGGGGCUCUGGGAUGGAGCUGCCUGGCAGGGCAGAUGCAGCUGCCCCGGGUCAGGUUUCACUGCUGUUGGAUUUCGGGGGUGCUUUCUUCUCUUCCUUUCUAAACAAAGCCUUGAAGUGGAAGUGGAUCCGAUGUUUUUAUUACUGUAUUAACAUUCAUUUUAAUUCACUUCAGAAACUAACCCAUUUUUCUUCCUGAUUAGAAUGUCAUAGAAUUAGACAAGCUGUAACCCCUCCUGAAGUGCCUUAUUUUCCUACACGAUAUAAAUAUAUUUAUAAGAGUAAUUAUUCCACUUAUAUCUUAGGGGUUUAUUGCUGAGCGGGAGAUAAGGUGGGAGUGGAGGGAUGGGGAGUGCCCUCCACGGACCCAGCCAGGCUGGAGGUCGGAAGGGCGACGUUUGAUGGAUACUCUCAGGGUGCAGGGGGUUCCUCACUUCAGACCAAAGGAGUUUCAGCAGUGAAACUCUGCUUAGAAAGAAGAAAAAAGGAUGAAAAACCCCAAACAUGUGAGCAAAAUACUGUAGAUUUGUCAGGUGUUUUUUUUUUUACCCCUGCAAAACAAACACUGAUGGCCGGACUGUGCAGGGAGGCAGUGGGUGCGGGGGUCAGAGCCCACCCUGGUCCAUCCUUGCACAUCCCAGUGCAGACUCCCUGCCUUCUGGAUUCCCAUGGAAUGUCUGUGCUUUCCCCUGUCGCUUGCUGUAUAAGCCAGAUUUCCUGCUGCUUUGUUUUGUUGUUUUUAAUAAUCAGCUCAGUAACCCCUGGAUGAAGAUCCCAACUGCAAAUAUUUUGUAAUGUACGUGUAUAAAAAAAAAAAGUAAUAAUUUUUUUGAUUCUUUUUAAAAACUUGAUAAAAUCUUUCUAUCCA